CAAAUCCACUGUACGGCCCUCUGGAAGGUGUACAGUGGGUGCGGGAAAUAACACAUCUAUUUCAGCAAUUUUUUUGGGGAGAAGCAAUUAAGACAGGGGGUUAGGCUGCCCCUUCGUUUCUUGUUGCUCUCCUUCCCCUUUUCCCCCUGAGACUCGGACUCCCUGACUGCAGUGACCAUGGUUGUGAUGAAGAUGAAGUUCCCUUUUGAGAAAAGGGUGAAGCUGGCCCAGGGACUGUGGCUCCUCUCAUGGUGUGCCACAGUGGCCGGAGCCAUGACCUUCACGCUGGGGUGCAUACUCAAAACAGAGCUUCGCAGGAGGGGAGAGGUAAUGGACAACACUGACAUACAUAUUGUACCAAACACCCUCAUGAUCGUGGGCCUGGCCUCUUUGGGAAUCAACUACUUUGCUGGAAAGAUUGGUCAAGAUGCUCUGGAUGCCGGCAGAUUUCCUCGCUGGAAGAAUUUCUUGAAGCCCUACUUUGCAAUCUCCUGCUUCUUCACUGUCCUUAUGUUACUGACCGUUGUUAUGAGCUACGCCAUGAAGGGCAGUCUGGAGUCCUCACUAAAGGUGGGCCUAAGAAACGGCAUUCGCUUUUACAAAGACACAGACACCCCGGGGCGAUGCUUUCAAAAACAGAAUAUCGAUCGACUACAGAUGGAGUUUCAGUGUUGCGGAAACAAUGACUUCAGGGACUGGUUCGAAGUGCAAUGGAUCAGCAACCGCUACCUGGAUUUCAGCUCAAAGGAAGUCAAAGAUCGAAUCAAAAGCAAUGUGGAUGGUCGGUACUUGGUAGACGGAGUGCCAUUCAGUUGCUGUAACCCUAGCUCUCCAAGGCCAUGCAUCCAGUAUCAGCUAAUGAACAAUUCAGCCCACUAUAACUACGACUACGAGACCGAGGAACUCAACAUCUACAUAAGUGGCUGCCGGGAGGCUUUACUAAACUACUACAUGAACCUGAUGAAUACUAUUGGUACUGGUGUGUUUUCUGCAUUCCUCUUACAGGGCUCGGUGCUGGUGAGUUUGCGGUUCUUGCAGACUUCCAUGGAGGCAGUGGUAGGAAAGGAGAACACAGAGAUAGAGACCGAGGGGUACCUGCUGGAGAAGGGGGUAAAGGACACCGUCUUGGAGUACCUGGACCCGGUACUGAAGUUCCUGCUCCUUAAGAACCAGGUUCAAGAGGGAGCUGAGACAUCAGGCCCUCAAAAUGCCUGAACACACAAGAAACACACUUUAUUUGAGCUUUACACAGAGGAACUGAUGAACAAGUGAUUACACUCCAACAGAUAAAUAAUCAAAAUUCUGAAAUUCCAGGCAAAAUGUACAAAAUAUACUGUAUAUUUUUUAUCUUUUCUUAAUCUAAUAAAUGUAAAUAAUAGCCUACUCUGUUAUUAUAUUUUUCUUGCUGUAAAAUUACCAAAUUAUAAAUGGUGCUUGGAGCUAUCUUGACACAUUGCUCAAGUGGAUUCUUACAUACAUUUCUGUCAAAAGUUAAGACAAUGCAAAUGAAAGAAAAUUAUUUUAUUGU